AUGGCCACAAAGCCGAUCAAGGAAGGCGUGGACAUCGUCCUCGAUCCCCCCGAUGCUACCGUGGAUAUCCUGGCCAUUCCCGGCCUCGGCGCCAACCCUGCAAAGAGUUGGAUGUGGAAUGAGAAGGAAGAAAACAGCUUCAACUGGCUCUCGAGCAGCGAUGGCCUCAAGAAGGACUUCCCCAAGGCCCGUGUCCUGCUCUAUUAUUACGCCUCUGCAUAUCGCGGCUCCUUCAAGAUCAAGCAGUACAUGACCAACAUUGCCAAGGUCAUGCUCGACGCCUUGCAGCUUCGCAGAGAGGCACGUAAAUGCCCCCGUCGGCCGAUCGUGUUGAUCGGUCACAGCAUGGGAGGGCUGGUGGCCGCAAAGGUCCUCUUGCUCGCCGAGCAGCGCCGUGACAUCUACCCCGACAUGUACGAGAGCAUCGUGGCUUGCCUGACAUUCGGCACGCCGUUUGACGGCGCCCCCGUCGCUGACAUCGCUACCGAGUGGACCAAAAUCAACGAAGCGCUGGGCACGGCCAUCAGCUCCAAGCUUCUCGACCUCUUGACGCCCGGGAACGAGAGCUUGCGGGAGCUAAAGCACGAGUUUGUGCGUUCUGCCGGGAAGCUCGGCCAGAAAGUCGAAAUCCACUGCUUCUACGAGGAGCUGCAGACGCAUUGGGAGCCCAUCAUCUCCAAGCUCGCCAGCACGGAUUUUCCCUCCCAAAGCUUGAGCAAACUCAAACUCAAGGAGUAUCGCGACUUCGUCUCUAGAGACUCAGCCACCCUUCCCGGAGUCCUGGAGACCGGCCUGGCGCGGACCCACAGAGACCUGGUGCGCUUCGAGGGCUUCAAAGACACGCAGUACCAGCUUGUCAGAGCGCCCCUGAAGCGAAUCAUCAAUAGCGCGCCGCUUAAUGCCAAGGCCCGCUUCAACUUCACUCGCCAGUCGACCAUUGAUAGCGCCACCCUCGCCUCAGUUAUCAACGCGCUAGAAGGAGCCGACAUACAGAAGAAGUUUAGGGCCCUGUCGCAGCGGCUGGCGUCCGAGUCCUGGAUCGUCAAGGAGCCAGAGUACCUGGACUGGCUGCAGAGCGAGGGAAGGCGGGACCAGUAUCUCUGGAUCUACGGCCCGGAGGGCAAAGGCAAGACCACGGCUGUCACGGCCGUUAUCAGGGAGAUCGAGUCGCGCAUCAGCGAGGACGAACUGAAUCGCGCCGACCAGUUCCCGACUCUCCUCGCAUACUUCUUCUGCGACCAGGCUCCCGACUACUGCACGGCCGAAGACGUGGUCAAGUCUCUCCUCCUCCAGCUCUGCAAGCAGCAGGACGUCCUGGCCACCUACGCCAAGCAGUUCACAGGCAAGUCCAAGACGGCUACUAAGUCGUCGGCCAAGGACGAGCCUAAAGACGGCGCGAACGCGGAGGACGGGCCCGGCGCCUCAAAGACAAAGGACGAAGCCGGCGGUAAAUCCAAAGGCGACUCGUCGGCCCUGGGCAUCGAGAAUCUUUGGCAGAGCCUCAAGGACAUGCUAACUGAGGGCUCUAUCGGGACCGUCUAUUUCGUAAUCUGCAACCUGCACGAGCUGCCCGAGGAGGACGACUCGACGCGCAAGCUCCUCUCGUUCAUCCAAGCGGCCAUCCAGGAGGGGGGCUCGGCAGCUGUAGAGAGCAGCAGCGGGAAGCGUGUCCGCACCAAGUGGCUGUUCGCCAGCAGGGACCGCCUCUCCAUCCGCAGGGUGCUGGGGGCUAGCCCGCCCGUGCGCGGGAUCGACCUCGACGACGCAAAGUACGGUGACAAGGUCAAGCUCGAGCUGCAGCGGCACGCGUGGGCCAAGGUCGACGACCUGCAGCGCCAGAAGGGCUACAACAAGGCCAUGGCCUACUUUGCCGGCAGCGUCAUCGGGAGCCGCGCCGAGAGCACAAAGUGGAUAGACGUCGCUAUCGUGCAGCUGGCGGCCCUGCCGGCCAAGGCGAACGAUAUCAGGGUCAGGAGGAUGUUGGAGAGGGUGCCGCAGGACUUUGCGGCCCUGCUAGAUAAUGCCUGGAUUGCGAUCUUGAAGCCGACUGACGACGACAUGGACACCAUCAAGGAGCUGCUCCGGGCCUUGGUCCUCGCCUACCAAGACCCGACAGAGAGCGAGCUGCUGGUUCUCGCGGGGCUGUCGUCCGAGGACGCGGGCGCCAAGGAAUCGCUGCGCAAGAUGAUAGACAAGUGCCGGCCGCUGCUGACGCUGCGCAAAUCUGGCGAUGAGGCCGAGAUCAGCUUCGUGAACGCCGACGUUAAGAAGCACUUGCACCGCAACUCGAAGAAGCUUCUGGGUCUCGAAGAGGACGCCAUCAAGCUGCAGCACGGCAUCCUCGCUCUGCGGUGUUUCUCGCAUGUCGUGGACCGCCUCACGGCAGCGCUUCAGAACACGUCCAAGGAAGAGCAGCCGCAGCCAGCCGAGACCCGGCCAGCCAAGGACGCCGCGGACGAUGCCGCCGAACCAGCAGCGAAGGAUUCCGGCGACGGAGGAGAUGACGACGCCGACUCGGGCUCGGACUCGGAUGAUUUCGACGAAGAGUUCGACGAAGAAUUCGACUCCGACUCCGACUCCGACUCCGACGACCACCUCCCCAACCACGCCAACGACGCGCCGGAGCCAGGAUCGGGGAAACAACAACAACAACAACCCCCUCCUCUGCUCGCCCUGCGAUACGCAACCAAGUACUGGCUGCGCCACGCAAGCGAGGCGACGCUGGACAUUGCGCAGCGGCUCAGCCUCGAAAAGACCUUUUGGGACGCCGACUCCAAGAUCCGCCGCCUAUGGCUGGCCGAGUACGAGCGGCUGACGGGCGCGUUCGAAGACUUUGACGUCGACAGCCUCAAGGCGUUGCACGUCGCCGCGGCCAUCGGGUUCCCCCACCUCGUCGAGACGCUGAUCAAGGCCGGGUACGAGCACGAGGUGCGCGAGUAUGACUCGUUGUCCAACUCGCCGUUGCACCUAGCCGCCUCGUUUGGCAAGACCGAGAUCGUCGAGCAGCUGCUCAUGAAGGGCGCGGCCAUCGACGACGCGGGCGAGGACGGCACGUCGUGCACGCCGCUGAGCAUGGCGGCGCUGAGCGGUUGCACGGCCGUCAUGGCCAAACUGAUGAGCUGGAAGGCGAACCCGGACGCCGUCGACGCCGAAAUGGGCCCCGUGGUCAACGCCGCCAUCCUGUCGGGCAACACGGACGCCGCCAAGAUGUUAAUCGACAAGGGCGCGCGGCUGAACUACGAUGACGACGACGGUAGUGACGACGAGAAUGAGAGGGAAUGGUCGCCCCCGCUGGCGCUGGCCGCCGAGUACUCGGACUUGACCAUGUUCGACACGAUCCUCGAGGCCGGGGCGCAGUCGCUGGGGGGCGACGAGUACGACAAGGCGCUAGUGGCGGCGGCCGUGUCGGGGCGCGUCGAAGUCGUAGGCCGGCUGCUACAGUUUAACCCCAGCGAGGCGUCGUUCCAGGACGCGCUGGAGGCGGCGCACGCCGAGAGCAACUGGGACGUGGCCAAGGUGCUGCUGCGCAGCGCACCACAGCCACUAGACUGCGACGACCUGUUCGAGACCGCCGCCACCGACGCCGAGAGCCUAGAGAGCGUGCUGCAGGCCGUGUGGGAGCACACGCACCACGGCGUCGCGCAGCCGCUGCUCGACGAGUGCCUGUAUGCCGCCGCGGACAGCGAGAAGGAGGACACGGUUAAGGCGCUGCUGGCCAUGGGCGCCAGCCCGGACGCGCCGGGAGACGAAUACGGCAACGCCCUGACGGCAGCCGCUAAUGACGGCACGUCAGCCAUCGUCGCGGCGCUGCUCUCGGCGGGGGCAGCCGUGACCUCGUCCGCGGGCUUCGCGCUGCAGGCGGCCGCGGCGCAGGGGCACGGUGAGGUCGUGGCACAGCUACUUGACGCAGGGGCGCAGAUCGACCACGUCUCGCCGCACCACAGCUCGGGCACGGCGCUGCAAGCGGCGUGCGACUACGGGUACGCGGAGAUCGUGUCCCUACUGAUCUCUCGCGGCGCCGACGUGAACCUCGGCAGCGGCGAGAACGAGCUGCCGGUGCUCGCGGCGACGAUGCAGGCGGAGCCCGAGAUCCUGAAGCUGCUCCUCCAGGCGCCUGGCAUUGAAGUAAACCCGCCUGACUCAGGCCCGCGCCGGGCGUCGCCGCUGCACCACGCGGCGUCACUGCUGCCGGAAGAGUCGGUGCGGGCGCUGCUAGCGGCCGGUGCGCGCGUCGACGUGGCCGACGCCGACGGCGCCACGCCGCUCAUGGCGGCCGCCGCGUCUGGCGACGACGAAUGCGUGCGCGUGCUGUUGGAGUAUGGGGCGGACGUCAUGGUCGUCAGCCCCCACCUCGGCACCGCGCUGGAGGUGGCGGCCGCCGAGGGUAGCGAAGAGUGUGUGAGCCUGCUGCUGGCGCGCGCGCUGGUCGUGCUGAGGGAGCUGAAGAAGGCCGCUGACGCCGGGGGCGGCGCGGCGAGGAGGAUUAUCGAGGCUGAGAGAACGGGAAGGAAGGAGGCUAUGGCUGCGGAGGCGAAGAAGAGGGCUGAGGAGGAGGGGGAGAAUGCUAGCGUUAGCGGAGCGGCUCGCGAAGAUAGUCAUCACGACGAAGAGGAUAGGGAGGGGGAGAGGCAAGGGAGUAAAGAUAUAGCCGCGGAUGGUGAAGGGGACGUGGAUGGGGAGCUGAUUGCUGGGAUGGAGAGCUUACACGUUGAUAAUCAGCCGGAAGAGGGUAGCCAGGCCGGGGAUGUUCCCGCAGAGGAGCCAAAUUCUCGGGAAGUGGCGGAUGCGCCCCUAGAUCUCCCUUUCCAGGGGUAUGAGGGAGAUGAGGGAGAGCUUCCUUUUACCGGAGACCUUCCUUUCGGGAAUGACUCUAACUCUGAGGCUGGAGAUGAAUAUCCGGACGAAGACAGCUCUGAAAGCGGUCCUGGCAAGCAAGAUUCAGAUGACGAAGGCGGAUACUACGACUCGGAUUAA